AUGGUCAAUUCCACCAUGGUAACGGAAUUUCUCCUCCUGGGCUCUCCUGAUGGCGCAAAUAUGAGUUUCCUCUAUUUUAUGGUGUUUCUUCUGACGUACUUGGGUACGUUUUUAUGGAAUCUGCUCAUUGUCACUGUCACCACUGCUGACAAGAACCUGCACAUUCCCAUGUACUUCUUUCUCAGGAACCUGUCCAUCUUGGAUAUGUGCUUCAUUUCCAUCACUGUCCCCAAUGCCUGUGUCAACUCUCUCACUGGCAACAGGGCCAUUUCGGUGGCUGGCUGUGCAACCCAGAUCUUUUUGGUCAUAUUUUGUGCAUGUGUUGAACUUCUUUUUCUCACCAUCAUGGCCUGGGACCGCUAUUUGGCAAUCUGCCAGCCCCUCCAGUACCCUACCAUCAUGAACCCUCAGUUUUGUGUCCGCAUGACCCUGGUUUCCCUGCUCAGUAGCCUGGUUUAUGCAGGUGUGCACACUGGAAACACCUUCCAGCUGUCCUUCUGCAGGUCAAAUGUGGUCCAUCAGUUCUUCUGUGAUCUCCCCUCUCUGCUGAAGCUCUCCUGCUCUGACACCACCAGGAACAAGUUCCUUAUUCUCCUCUCUGCUGUGGUGGUUUGGGGUGGUUGCUUUUUCUUAAUUGUCAUGUCAUAUAUUUGCAUAUUUUCUACUGUGUUGAAAUUUCACUCCAGAGAGUCAGGGAAGGCCUUCUCCACCUGCACUCCUCACAUUCUUGUGGUAUCCAUCUUCCUAAGCUCUGCUACAGGUGUGUACCUCAGGCAAUCAGCAACCUCUGACACACUCCAGGACGUGGUUCUCUCUGCCUUUUAUACCAUGGUUCCUCCCUUCUUGAAUCCUCUCAUCUACAGUCUCAGGAACAAACAGGUAAAGGAAGCUGUGAGGAGAGUAAUAGGUAUACAGUUGUGCUCAGGGAAAUGA